UGAGCCCUGAAGAGAAGGGUCCAGCUGCAUGAACCCUGAUUCUCCCUUUCUGUGCCCCAGUGUGAAUCAGAAAUGACUACCUUGAAACUCAAGGCAUGGUCCUGGUAUACAGUGAGGGAGAGGAAGGACAGGCUUUCCCUGAUCCACCGUCUACUGAGUUCAGCAUUUCUCUGAAAGAUCCACCACUGGAGUGGAUAUCCACCACAUAGGAUAAGUCUACACAGAUGGAUGCAGGUAUGAGCACCAACACCCUGCAUUUGGCAAGCUGCUAUAACUUAAAUUGGGUAUACUGACAUUACAGCAAGGAGAAAACAGUUAAUAAGUACCUCUAUUGGUCUUGGUCAAAAACCUAGGACUGGUUCCUCCAUUGGCAUAAACUGAUGGGGCUUCACAGAGGGCAAAACCCUCCUCUGAAUGCCUUCUAGUAGAAAUGAACAAAGUGCUAAUUGAAAGCAGUGAAAAUUUUGUUGGGAAAAGUACUAGAGAGAUUAGUGAGACCUUAGUAUUUUCUGUACUAACAAGUUAUUGGUGUUUUUAGGUAUGGUUUUGUUCCGUAAAAUAGAAACAUCCUGUCUAUAUUUGCAUACUUCUGUUACUUUUACACUUUUCUCUCCCUUUUGGUAAAUAAUUUUUGCAGAUCUGUACCACCAGAUCUUUAUAUGUGUACUAAAGUCUCUGGGGAGCUGAGUCUGUAUAUCAGAUUGCAAAUUUACUUCUCGAAUAGAGGACCUCAAUUUUCACCUAGUCAACGCACUACACAUACUCUGCUGCCAUCUUAUGGCCAUUAAAGUUAUCUUCAGGUUUCAGUAAACCACGUUGAAUUUUAAGUAUUUGAAAAUGCAAAUCCAGUGACCUUUCAUCCUCAUUCACUUCAUAUGGAAACACAUGCUAAGACAGUACAAGGGAAAAAGAGGCAAGGACAUAAGCUGCAACUGAAUAAUAUGUAGAUGGACUGACAAGAAAUCUGCGACUUUAGAGGAGUUGCUCACCCUGUCGAUCACCCACUAGAGCCCAUCACAGAUUAGGUCUUUUUUAUCUUCACAUGAAUGGGGGAGGUGCCUCUGAAAAAGUUCAUAAUCCCUUCUCUGACUCAAUUUUACCUGUCAAAAAAUCUGCUUUCUGAAAUAUAGCCUGAGAUGAUGGGGCAAUUACAUGAAGAAAUAGAUAAGCUGUAUUUACCACUUUGCAUCCUUCAUGUCACCAUCUCAUAUCACCAGUGGCUGCAGAUAUUGUCAUUCAUUCAGCAUCUGCUGGUGUAUUAUCAUACAACAUGUCGAGAGUGAUAGAAUAUGAGACUUUUAUCCCCUCUUCCACCAUAUUUCAGUGAUACUCAGCAAAUGCCUUCUGUACACAGAAUCCAACCAGUGGCAUAGAUGUCUACUUUUCCCAGAGAAUCAAACUGUAACUAUAGGUAUCCCUGCUCUGUUAGCCAAAGCAUCAUCCUUGAUUGCCCCCUCAAAAUCUCUCUGACCAGACUGCACUUCUCUAUCACCAGAUUGCAAUGAAAAGUGUACUUGCUUUCUCCGUGUUGUUAGAAUUAGCCUUGACACCGCCUCUUGGCUCUUUUUCCAGGCAGAAGAGUGGUCAGAAGCCACAGGUCUUAAUACGUAACUCACUAACCUUUAAUUAGGUGACUGCAAAGCAGCUAGUAGAAAGACAUUAGUCCAAAUACAGAAUCUGUAUUUAUACACUCAUAUUUAAUAUACCUAUGUAAACAAUUCUAAGAGGUGCCAGUCUGCAGUGACAUAAGAAUAGGAUUGGCAGUAAAUUAUUAGAGAUCAGUGAGACCUAAGGAGGAGAGAGACUGUUACGUUAUCUCUGCUUCCAGAUGGGAUCCCAACCCACUAUGCAUUUCUAUGUUGGCUUUAUCAGACCUACACACUUUAAAAGAGCUUGUUAAGCUCUUGACCAGGGACUGUUCUCCACGUCUUCUUGUCUCCACGUCUUCCUCAGGAGAGAACUACUUUGGGGAGGAGACUUUUCCAAGACGUGGGUUUCUUCCUUUCUUCUAUUUGUUGGAUUUAGAUAGAGAAAAGGCAAGAAGAAAAACAAGAUGAUGAAAUACCUUGGAAUUAAGAGAAUUAUCAAGGUGAAGGACAUAUACACCAGCUAGAACUGGAGUGAAGAAACAGCUGAUGAGGUUUCAAUGCACCUACACCCUUCCUUAUGAAUUUUGGGAACACUUCUACCAGUACCUUACCCAUUUGGUUCAUGACUUCUGAUUUGCUGUAAGAAUCUGGUGAAUGAUCUUUGCUCGAAGAAUCCUCACUUAAACCUGAGUGCAAAUUCUGAACUGCAGAAUUUUCCAGUUCAAGAACAGAGAGAGAGAGAUAAAUGACCUCUACUUAUGCUGAGAGGGCUCAAUGUUCUUCACAGUGUCUUGGGUGGACUCAAGGAUGUCAGCACAACUGCUAGCCAGCCUCCUGUUGAUGAUCUUCUUGCAAAGGCUGGCUAUGUCCCAACAUAUGAUGGAUAUGGCUCUGCAUUCCUAUGAUGACCAGUAUCUGGGGUGCAGAGAGCAGAUGAUGGAAGAACUGGAGCGAGGAAACUAUUUCCAAAAUGAAAUAGCUGCUAAGAAAAACUAUUUGAGUCUCUGGAAUAAGGCUCGUGAGGCUUUGUUAAAGAGCCCAGCAGGUCUACUGAGGGAGAUGCAUGAGAGCCAUGCCAUAGUCCUCAUGGCUUACACUAUGAACUCCUCCCUCCACUCCCAGCUGAAUUGGGCCACAUCUAUUGCUGGAAGCUCUCCAGAGCACUACAGACACAACUACAGUUUCAAAUAUUUUCACUUCUACCUAACGACUGCCAUCCAGAUAAUGAAGCAAUGGCAGAGCAGCAAGGAGAACGUGGAGAAACGUAAGUGCUACCAGGUGCACAGGGGUGUAAAAGACUUAUAUAUCAAGGCCACAGUAGGCAGCAGAGUGAGAUUUGGCCGUUUCACCUCCACUUCCCGCCUCUGGAAAGAAGCACAGAAGUUUGGGAAUGAAACUUUGUUCACUGUGAUAACUUGCCUAGGAGCAGCUGUGCAAGGCUUUUCUCACUACACGUCUGAGAAGGAAGUUCUCAUUCCCCCUUACGAGAUAUUCCUUGUCAAAAACUUUUCUCAGACACAGCAGGGUAACUGGUUGCAUCUACGUUCUGUGGGGAACUACAGCAAGUACCGCUGCCAGCUCUUGGAAGCUUCAAGGGACAAAAACAGUGGUUUCACUGCCCCUGCCUCUGCUGUUCUUCCUAGUGUAAUUGGAUUUUUCUUGUACUUGGCCAGGCAGUGACUGAUGCUCUGGCUACUUCCACAUAUAUGCACUUGAAUAGCAAGCAAGAUUGAUUCACAGCGUAACAGCCACCAGAAUUACUGUUGUUACAAAAAGUUCAACAUUCCCUUUGCCUUCAGCUGUAACUCUCUAGCUGAGACUGGAACAUUCAGUGCAGUUCAUCAAAAUAGGCAUUCCCUGGAUCCAUUCAAGCAGGAGGACAACUGGUUGCCUUACUGAAGAGUAGGGCAGUGUAUGCCUUCAUUGUAGGUAGCUUAUCCCUCAGGCAUUCAGGAAGAACACACAUGGACUUCAGACUCUUUGCAGAUCUCUUAGGAACUUUGUUUUUAGCACAACAGAAUCCAGCUGUGUGAUGGAAAAGGCACUACAGUGGUAGACUAAUUGGUAAGUGUGCAGUGUUGCCUAUCUCCUUUGCAGGCAGGCUCCCAAGAGACAGCAAAGUCUGUUGCUGCAGCACAGCAGCCUUCCCACCAGCAUGACCCCAUGCACCAGAACCAGCUGAUCUCUCCCACCUUAAGCUGACUGUCUGCAUCUGGCACAUGGUGGGCAGAAGCAUAAAGCUGCCCUGAGACACAGAUCUAGUAGCAGAAGAUUGAGAGACUUGUCAGGCCUGCCUUCAACUUUAAUGUUUGGUUGUACCAUUUCUUUUGCACAACAGAGGCAGAUGUUGUGUUCACAACAGUCCUCUGGUGGUUGACGAAUACAUGCUGGCCAUUUCACAGUGAAAUGAAGGAAAGUCUGCACUGCUGUCUCAGUGAUUGUUGGUUGUGACUGAACCUGCCUUUCUACUUCACCGGUUUGCAAUGUCUAAUGCCAGUGGUCGAAUCAACAUCAUAAAUUGAAAUCUGUACUUCUGAUUUAGUUAUAUAUUCCCCUCACUUCUACAUAUUCAUUUAGCACUCCUAGAGCCUUAGAUACUCAAGCCAGAACAACUAUGAAGUUCUCCUGCCUCCAAAAGAUAAGAAUGUGCAAAUAAGGAAAAUUUUCUGCCUGCAAUUCCCCUUUCCAAAAUACCUGGCUUUCUUUAUCACUUCUGGCCCCUCAUCCUCUUUGAUCCUAGCCUCUGGGAUUAUGGUCAGAGUGGUUAUCUCACUGGUCCAAGGAGACUAGUCAUGGUAAUUUAACUUUUCAGGGAACCAUCAAACCAUCAAACUCAUUGUGUGUUUCUCACUGACAUUUCUCUCUGACACAUUUCACUAACAGCCUUUGAUUGGUAAUAACUUUCAGUCACGACUGAACUUGGCAUGAAACCGGAGCUCUGUAUUCACCAUCACCUGCCCAAAGCAGUAAGCAACAAUUUAGUGAUCCAGACAAGAUCUCAACAUGAGGGUUGCACAAAUUUGUGAUCAGUCAGUUAGUCAAAAGUAAGGAGAGUCAUAACUUUCUGUGUGAAUUGCUUGAACUCUCUGUGCAGCUGCAUAUAAACUCACUGUUCUAAUUACCUUGGAAAUCUGUGGCUAGUAAAGCAGAAGUUCAGGCAUCUGAGAAAUGUUAGCGUCAGAAAUGCAGACACUUAGGGAAUUUAUAUGCUUUCAGCUUUUAGUAGCUUGAAAGGGGCAGUUUGAGGCUCAGCAUUUCAGGUAUCAGAUUUAGGUGUCAGCAAUGGCAGGUGCCAGCACCUGCAUCUAAAAUCUCGUAACAUUUUCUGUCAACCUAAACUACUGUUCCUGAAAUCCUCACACAUGCCUGCCCAGAAAGUUAAAAUAAAUUUAAUGCAGAGCUAUUUUACUGCACGUUUGCUUUUUAUCUAUAGUUCAUGCUACAUUCUUGUUGAUUUUGGUUUACUAGUGAUCUCAAAUAAUAAACCAACAGAACUAGAUUUUGACCCCUAAAUGCUCAAAGAUACCAAAAAAAGACUGAAAAGAUUAGAAGUAGUUGCUGCAGAUACCUUCUGUAUGUGUAUUCGAAGAUGUUCAAACUCUUCUUUG